GCAGAGGUUGAACUCAAACCAGGACAAGUCUGGGAGGAUUACUGCAAGCCAUUGAGCUGCUCACUCAGGUUUUGGAAACCUGGUGUCCACAUCUCAGUCAGUGGAGACUCAGUGGAAUUAAGACUUGUGCGAAGUCCGAUGUAAGGCACAGUGUGCAGUCCCCUGAGAGUGGCUGGUGACGUCACUGAGUUUCUCCAAACUUAGGAGGAGAAGUCAGAUGCUUUCUUUUGAACUGUGUCAUACGUAUUGGUCCUAGUUUUGGAGGCGAGCAGAAGCUGUUGAGGUGACAGACAAGUCUUCCAAGUGGCCUUAUUCCAACCCCAGGAGUUCUCCAGCGAAGCGUUUUUUCUUGGUUUAUAUCCAGUCCUCAAGCAACAGGAGACAUGCCAACUCAGUCCCUCCUGGUGUACAUAGAUGGGCCAGAAGUCGUUGGGGGGUCUCUUGGCACCCAGAUGGAGGUGGAUAAUACCAUGUCAUUCAAAGGGGCUGCCGUGGUUCCUUUCCGAGCCUGUCAGGAGAAAAGUAUAAUCCAGAUAGAAGACUAUGUGCCCUUGGAUUGCAUGUUCUGCAGCCAGACCUUUGCACAGUCGGAGGACCUGAACAACCACGUCUUUCUGCAGCACCGGCCCACUCUGUGCGAGCCUGCCGUUCUGCGCGUGGAGGCAGAGUACCUCAGUCCUCUUGAUAAAAGUCGGGUGCGAGCAGAACCCCCGAAGGACAAAAAUUGCACAGAAAAGGAAGAACUGAGCUGUGAGGUGUGUGGGCAGACGUUUGGCGUGGCUUUUGAUGUUGAGGCGCACAUGAAGAAACACAAGGACUCAUUCACGUACGGGUGCAGCCUGUGUGGCAGAAGGUUCAAGGAGCCCUGGUUUCUGAAGAACCACAUGCGGACCCAUAGUGGCAAGGCAGGUGCCAGGAGCAAGCUGCAGCAGGGCCUGGACAGCCCGGCCACCAUCAAUGAGGUGGUCCAGGCACAUGCAGUUGUGAGCAUCACAUCACCUUACAAAAUCUGCAUGGUUUGUGGCUUCCUCUUUCCAAAUAAAGAGAAUCUAAUUGAGCACAGCAAGAUGCACACCAAAGAAGCCACUGCUGCUGCCAGCAACACGCAGAUUGAUGCCUGGCAGGAGGGAAUGCCCUCUCCAUUCCCAUCCCCAAGGGAAGAGCUGCUGCAGUUUUUAAACUUAAGGCCCAAGUGCCACCCUGAGACCACAAGGAAGGCCACUGCAAGCAUCCCUCAGCUGGACCCCUUCACCACCUACCAGGCGUGGCAGCUGGCCACCAAGGGGAAGGUUGCCAUCGCCCAGGAGGAGGUGAAGGAAUCCGGGCACGAAGGGAGCACUGACAAUGAUGACUCGUGUUCGGAGAAAGAAGAGCUGGGAGAAAUUUGGAAUGGGAAUAAAUCAGAAGGGUCCGGAAAGUCCAAAACAAAUAAAAGUAGUUGUGCGGGCUUUUCACAAGAAAAGGAAAAAGCCAGACAGGCCAGUGGUGAAGUGCCUUCUACGGACACUGAUGCCAAGUUGGCCAGUAACAAGGAGAAGCCCACACACUGCUCUGAAUGCGGCAAAACCUUCCGGACUUAUCACCAGCUGGUGCUGCACUCCCGAGUGCACAAGAAGGACCGGAGAACUGACACGGGCUCACCCCCCAUGUCCGCGGACAGCAGGCAGCCUGGGUCCUGUUCCCUGGACCUUGCCCCCACUCUGGACGACCGCGGAGAAGGAGGUUCUGAAGACGGAUCUGAGGACGGGCUCCCUGAGGGGCUCCAAUUGGAUAAGAGUGACGGUGGAGGAAAAGUAAAGCAUCUCGCAUCCUCGAGGGAGUGUAGUUAUUGUGGAAAGUUUUUCCGUUCCAACUAUUACCUCAAUAUUCAUCUCAGGACGCACACAGGUGAAAAACCAUACAAAUGUGAAUUCUGUGACUAUGCUGCAGCCCAGAAGACAUCUCUGAGGUACCACCUGGAGAGACACCACAAGGACAGACAGGUGGCUGACAUUGCUGCCGAGGUGAAGAGCGAGGGUAAAGGCCAGGAGGCUGAAGAUGCACUAUUACCUGCCGACAGCACACAGACCAAAAAUGUAAAGCGCUAUUUCAAUGGUGCCAAAGAUGGUAAAGGCAGUCCGCCUGCCAAGCAGCUUCGCGAGAUGCCGUCUAUCUUUGAGAAUGCUCUGGGCAGUGCAGUCCCGCCACCAGCACACAGAGAUACUCAGGAUUUCCAUAAAAGUGCAGCCAGCAGUAGCACUGAGAAAGUGAGCAGAAUUCCUGCCCCUGCCUACUUGGACCUUUUGAAGAAGAGGUCAGGGGGUGAACCUCAGGCCAGCAUCCUCACCUGUAAAUCAGAAGCAGGUGGGGCUUCUGUGGACAGCAGUGCUGUCCUGCGGGGCCACCCAGGCCACAUAGAGAAGCAGCCGGAGACUACUGCUGCUGAUCGCAAGCCAACAAAGCCCAGCCUGGAUUGUCAGGAGAAACCUUUGAACUUAUCCCUGGGGGUCCUCCCUGGUUGCUCUGCACUCUCUCUGAGUAAAAGUCUAAUCCCCAGCAGCACCUGCCCAUUCUGUACCUUUAAAACUUUUUAUCCAGAAGUGCUCAUGAUGCACCAGAGGCUGGAGCACAAGUACAACCCGGACAUUCAGAAAAGCUGCAGGAACAAGUCUCUGCUGAGGAGCCGGCGGACCGGCUGCCCGCCUGCCCUGUUGGGCAAAGACGUGCCUCCACUGCCCAGUUUCCACAAAGCCAAGUCCAAGGCUGCUCCCCCAGCGCAGUCCAAAUCCCUGCUUCCUGAGAAGGGGCGGCAGGGCUCCUCAGGGCCAGGCAAGGCCCCCCUGACUUCAGGGACGGACUCUAGCACUUUAGCACCAAGUAACCUGAAGUCGCAUAGGCCACUGCCCAUUGUUGGGGGUCCUGGGGCAGCCAGGCAGCAGCCAUCGGAGACGUUUACCAAGCCCAGUGUCUCUCCUGUGCCUGAGAAAUCGAAAAGACCUGACGCCAAGGUGAAGCUGCUGCCCGCUGCCUCUUCCCAGGCCCCCCUCGGCAGUGGCAGCAGCAGCGGCAGCAGCAACAGUUCCACCGACCACACCCCAAAGGCUGAUGGGUCCUGGGCACCCUCUGGGAGAGACUAUCUCUGUAAACGGAACACCGAGUUUGGGGAGCCUCUCCCCAAAAGGCUCAAGUCCAGUGUGGUCGCCCUUGAUGUGGAGCAGCCCGGGGCUAAUGGCAGAAGAGGCUUUGAGCUCCCCAAGUACCCGGUGGUCCGGAGCCUCCCGACGCUACUGCCGCAGGAGUGUGUGCUGCCCCCCAAGCCCCGGCUCCUGAGCUCCGGAGAGGUGGACUCCCCCAGCGUGCUGACCAUGCCGAAGCCCUACAGCGGCUCAGCGCCGCUGCUCGCCUGCCGCCCUGCCGCGCCGCCAGCCCCCAGCCCAGUGCUUGAAGGAAAGAGACCUGUGUCCUACCAGCACCUAUCCAGCAGCAUGCUACAGAAGAGGAACUAUGAGACUUUCAUCGGGAAUGCCCAUUAUCGACCAAAUGACAAAAAAGCAACUUGAAUUCCUAUUUAUUGAGAAAAAGGUCUUGCUGGAUACAAGUUCACAGUCUCCGGGAAAAUGUUUUAGUUUGUCCUUUGAAGAAAAUGGUGAAAGCUACUGAAAUAAGCUGUGAUUGCAUACAUACACACAUGUGCGAGGCGCACAAAGGAACACUACAGCUCAUAAUGUCGUUCUCUUCAUGUACCAAAUAGCAAUAAAACUAGUUGGAACCAUUGGCUGUACACAAGUACAAGUGGGGACUGGAAGUCUGUUUUGUCCCCGAAUAUUUUUUUUUUCUUGUAAGAAUUGACCAAAUAAGUGGAGUUUUGCAUACUUAUGCUGCUGGGGAAAAAAAUCACUUGGGCGGGACGGGAGGAAGAACCUAAUUAUACUUGCACCUCAGGUAAAAUCUGUAAAUACUUAAGUUGUAACCUGCUUGUUUAGAUACUGUGUAUGUGUUCCUUUCCCUAUGGAGCUCUGUGCUCUGAGCAGUUUCUGCGGUUUGUCUUUUUUUGUUUAACAAAAUAUCAAGGAUCGGUGUCAGCCAAUACCUCCCCAUCUUGUGGUCCUAAUGAAAGAGUUCCCAGAAGGAAGUGCUACCUGCCUCUCUCUGGAGGGCUGCUUCAGAGCUUGGCCCUGGCCUGCUGGGCAGCGUUGGGCAGGUGAGGGGACUUUUACUUGGGAAGCAACUGCAUGGGGCGCUCACUCUGUUUUUUUUUUAUCAGGUCACAUUGAUUAGGAAGUCCAGUUUUGGGGGGCUUGGGGCUGCUGCCUGAAUGAGCAUGGAAGUGCUGCCAGAGGCAGGGGAGUCAGAAAGGCUGGGAAGCACUUUGAAAGGGAAGAGAAGGUUUGCAUGGGGGGAACCAGGGCCCGGGCACUAGAGCCACAUCAGUUCUGAGCUGGGCUGGCUGCCUGAGCCUCUGGGGUGCUGAUCAGUUAGCUGUGUCCAGACCCCCGGUCCCCCAUUGCGGGGCUACGAGCAGCGGCAUUUCUCCCUUCCUCCCCUCUGCACACAGUUCCUACACCAGCUGGCUUGCUGGAGACUUUUAAACUUGAGUUCCUUUCGUGUCUGAGUUGGUUCAGCAGCUCGUGGGCUUAGCACCCCAAUUAUUUUAUUAAGAAACUUUCAAAACAACCUUUGCACUGCUCCCUCUCCUUGCCUCAGUCCUCUCCACAGAACAAGGGUAAAGUGCUCAAAGAAUCUUGAUUUUUUAAAAAAAAAAAUUUUUAUUCUUUAUGCAACACAAGGUGGUGUUGGCAGAAGUCUUAACUCCCGUGUUCCAGGGAGACAUAGUUUGCGGUGGUCUCGGCCACCGCAGCGGGGGCCUCGUGCGAGGAAGGAAGGCAUACGCUGCUCCCUCUCCCUGUCAAGCUGAGCCAUAUGUACAUAGUCUAGAUUUUGUUUCAAUAGUUUUGCACUUUUAUAUCCUAUUUUUGAAGAUUAACACAUUUGCAAGAUGAUUGACUCGAUCUUUGCCUAAUGCAGUGAGUAUUACAGAAAGCUUGCUGUGGCUAUAAAUGUAAAUCUUAAAGGGUGGGUGAGGAUAGCGGGCUGAAAUUCAACUUGUAUUUAAAAAAAAAAAUCACCAAAUCUAUUUGAGAAUAAGUCAGUAUGUGUUCUGCUGAAGUCGGGCUUUCAGAUCUCUCUUUUUCAGCUGCAUUUUUGAGUGCAGAAAACCAGCGGUUUUGACAGCCCUUUGUACUUCAGAAUGUUAUUACUUUUUGGCCCAUCAGUAUUAACUAUUGGGAUACUACUGGUUUUGUAUUUUUUUUUCCUAUGGGACAACAGUACAUAUGUAGAGGUACAGUUCGUUGGAUUUUUGUUUAUUUAUUUCAUCCCAGUUUGAUUUAUUUUAAUUGUUGAUACUUAAGUUGUCAAACAGUAGACAUUGUUUUAUUUAUACUUCAGCUUAAAGUUAUGUUAUGUGGAUGUAAAUAUAGAUUUGGUGUU